AUGGAGGACCAACCUGCGUACGAAGGCAUAGUAAAACCUCAUUGUUCCCUCAUUUCGACAGAGGCUGCAGGAGCCGAAGUACUUCCUUCACCAGCUAAUGGCGCUGAACACUUGGUCCCGAGCGGCGCCUGUGCUGGCCCCCGUAAAGGGUGUAGCCCUUCACCUUUUGGUGAAGCAGCCAUCCCUGCAGGUGGAGUUCAGGGCCUCAAGACACGUAAGAGGCCCCACUGGAAGGCAGAUUGCCCCCAGGAGCAGCAGAUUCCAAAAGGCCCCAGUGUUCAGCUCCUGAGCACUUGUGCUCCGUGUGGGGCCAAUGAAUUGGAAGAAAGAAACGAGGACUGUGUGGUGGAGGUGGAAGGCCGUGGGAGUGUACGUACACCUGCAGACCUUCCUGGUUGCACAGAGACCGAUAUUGAAACUGCUUGCCGUGAGACAUUUUUAUUUGCAAACGCCAAAGCCGGAAUGGACAUGACGGAGGAAGAGAAGGCGAAAAUAGCAGCGAAGAUAUUCGAGCUUUCGAAAAAUUCCCCUUUUUUUGUCAACGAGAUGCGGAAGAAGAAGCAAAUGGAGGAACAGUUGGCUGUGCUGCGUCGGCGAGUACAGCUUUUUGCGUCUUGCGGUGGCUGCGCUGAAGCAUCGGCUGCAGCGCGUCGCCUGCUUCAGUUGUUGCAGCAGCAGCAGCAGCGGGAGUCAGGCCGUGUGUACGUGCACUUGGACAUGGACAUGUUCUUUUGUGCAGUAGAAAUACGCGAUGAUCCCUCUUUGGGAUCACAACCGGUGGCUGUGGGAAGUUUGUCUAUGCUAUCUACGGCCAAUUAUGAGGCGCGGCGUUUCGGCGUUCGCUCUGGCAUGCCGGGAUUCAUUGCCAAGCAAUUAUGCCCUUCUCUGACGAUUGUGCGGCCCAACUUCGAGAAGUACAGGGCCGCUGGACAGACAAUUCGCGCAGUCCUUCAGGCCUACGACCCGUCGCUCUCCUCCCAUUCCCUUGAUGAGGCUUCCCUGGACGUGACAGACUGCCUCAAGAAGCGAUUCUCUCCUGCAGAUGCUGCCGCACUCCUCGACCCUACAAAAGUCACGGAAGGGAAGACAGAAGAGAUGAAGUCACUAACAGCAGCAACAGCAGCGAUGGAAGCGACCGGUAGGGUAACAGCGCUUGUAUCUGAAAUUCGUGCCGCUGUUACAGCAGCCACAGGCCUAAGUUGCAGCGCCGGCGCUGGAUCGAGUCGUCUAGUAGCGAAGAUCGCAUCGGACAUGAACAAGCCGAACGGACAGAAGAUUGUAGAAGCAACAGGAGCAUCUCCUCAAGCAGCCGCAGCGGCAACAGCAGCCUUUUUAGAACCGCUCAAUGUGCGUAAAAUACCAGGGAUCGGCAAGCACAGAGAGAAGAUGUUAAAUGCAUUUGAUAUACACACUUGCGGGGAACUGCUGCAGCAAGCGCCACUGCUGGUGCACCUGUUGCCGCGAAUCACAGCGGUCCACCUUAUACGCAUGGCUUUGGGAAUCGAUGGGUUGCCUCCUGAGCUGCAGCAGCAACACCAGCAAUACCACCAGCAAAGCGUAAGCUCGGAAGAAACUUUUGCAGCAACCAACGAGCUCCCAUUGUUGCGUCAGGUGGUAGAGCAGCUGGCUGCAGCCGUAGCCAAGCAGCUGAAGGAAUUGAGGCAAGAGGGCGACCACAUAACGCUUAAGGUGAAGUUCGCAGACUUUUCUAUAAGAACAAUCUCGCAUCGCCUCGCACAGCACACGGACGACGGUGCAGUAAUUGCAACAGCAGCCCAAGGGUUACUGCAAUCCGUCAUGAGGGAGCAGCAGCUCAAAAAGCAGGCAACCACCAAGAACAAUAAGAGCAGCAGCAACAGCAAGGGCAACGUCAACGGCGCACCUACAUGGGUGCGGCUGCUGGGCGUGCGAUGUUCGGGAUUUAGACAUGCGAAAGCACGCAGCACAGGGCUACGUCGGCUGGAUGAGUUCUUUUCACAGCAGCAGCAGCAGAAACCACCAGGUGCAACUACAGCAGGUGCUAGCGAAGACUGGCCAGUCGACAUUGAUGAGCUCGACGACCUGCUCUCAGUGCUCUCUCAGCAUCAGCGCGAAACGGCACUAGCAAAUCCUGCGGCACCCGCGGAGAGAGAGGCAGCAGCACCCCCACCAGCUGUAGGGUCUGAAGCAGCAGCAGCACCUCCACGAAGAAUGGAGCUGCAAGCCACAGCAACAGCAGCAGCACCUGUCCUAGCUUCUACAUGGCGGACGAGGGACGCCCCGGAGAAAAAGGCUGAAGCGGCAACAGAACCAGCGAUAUCAGAAACAAACGAAACUGGGCCACUCAACGUUGUUGCCGCGAAUGAAACUCCAAAACUCAAGGUUGCUGUAGUUCAAAGUGCUGCUGAACAGCAGCAAAGGAGUCGGACUGUUGACGCAGAGACGAACAGCAGAAGCAGCCAAAAAGUCGUUAUUACAGGGGUGCGGUUUAACGUUACCCCACAAUGCAAGCAACAGCAGCGUCGUCGCCUUCCUUCUCCUCCAAUUCACGAGCGACUGAUGCACCAAAAACAGCGAAAGGGGAGGCAACAAUUGCAACUGCUGGACCUCUUAAAUGGUCCAAGCAAAAGAAAACGAGAUAGUCGGAAUGGGCAGGAAGAAAACCUCCAACGAAACAGGGGGCAACGACAAAUCGCAAGUGAAACAGUGGUUGUUGAAGUUGUCAGUGACUGA